CCCAGCGGUGAGGGAUAAGUUUGCAAUCAGGAAAUUAAAUCCAUCAAAGUUAUCAACUUUUCUGUAUAAAAAUCGCCUCAGAAUUCCAGUUCAACACUCACAUCUGUACCGUAGCUACAAGUCGUUCUGACUAAGCCUUCAAGAUGAUGAAAGCCAUAAUCCUCGCCUUGGCGUGUCUGUACAUCGCGGCCGCCAUGAAACCCGUGGUGCCAAUCGUGAAACCCAUCGUCUUCAAAUACGUCAGACCCGUUGUCGUUGGAUUUAGACAUGGUUAUGGAGGUUAUGGAGGCUAUGGAGGUUAUGGAGGCUAUGGAGGUUUUGGCGGCUUCGGAGGCUAUGGCGGAUUCGGAGGCUCUGGCGGUUGGGGCGGUUUUGGAGGCGGCGGCUGGGGUGGUUUCGGAGGCGGCGGCUAUGGUGGCUACGGAUACGGAAAGAAGAUGUACUAUUAGACCUAAGCUGUGACAAAGCUAUACGGAUGAUUUGGACACAUCUGGACAUUGGAAAUUCGGGUUGAGAUACCUCAGUUUCAAAUAAAGAUAUGCAUUCCAAAUAAUGUAGGCCUAUGAGUUAUUUUUUUGCAGAGAAAAAACUAUCAGUAAUGGAAGUCUCAAAUAGCUGUAUGACGAUCCAGAAAGCAACAACAAAAACCCCAAACAACAAGCAAAACUACCCCCCCCCCCACCCAAAAAAAAAAAAAAAAAAAAAAAAAAGAAGAAGAAAAGAAGCAAAAACGAAAAUAUGUUACACAAAAGGACUUCUGCACUGACUCUCGUGAGAUGAAGUUGUGUUUGGAGAACGUGGAGAUUACUCUCCCACCCCAUCCCCCCCCCCCCCCCACCCCCCACCCCCCCACCCCCCACCAUAGGGGCUGUGUUGCGAUCGCUUGGGCCUUUGUCCAAGUAUAAGAUCGAACACAAUGGCGACUCGGCGACCGUCACGCUCAUAUACGGCAGUGACCGGAAGAACCGCGCACCCAGCAGAAGACGGAGGAGGCGACCCAAGACUUCACAGGGGGGACCAAACUUGGCGGCUCAACCGCCAGGGGCGGUCCCACCUGUUCCGAAGAGGAGGACGGGACUUAGAGUGGCGCAGGGUGAUCCAAACUCGGUGGCUAAACCACCGGGGGCGGUUCAGUCUGCGCAACCUCGACCAACUCGACCGAAGCACUCGCCAGGAACCAUCCAGGGGGGACCAAAGCUGUCAGCUCCACUGACAGUGGCAGUCCCUUCUGUCGAGGAACCGUCAAAGAUGGAUACGGGCCACGUGGCCAUUCAUGAUCCACCGGCGAGCCCACCUCCACCUCCAGCAGUUGUUGUUACAGACACGGCGGUAGACCAGCGAGAAUUCAAAAGGAGGAAGAUGUCAUCGACCACCAUAUCGAAGACGUCUGAUGAAUCCGACUGCAUUCUCGUCUGCGACAGACUUCCAGCCAAAUACACAGGGGCGGUUAUCGGUAACUUCACCGAUAACAAACACCUUAAGGGACCUUGGAACGACAAUCACUGGCGCCAACUUCCAACCGGACAAGGGAAGUACCAGCUACAAGGUGCCCCAAACUCCGACAAAUUCUACGUGACAGCCCAGCAGGACGGACUGUACAGGCAGGGGCUCCUGAUGCCAUCGAUGUCAAAUGGGACCAUUCAUCGCAUCUUAAAGAUGGUUCUACGAGACAUCUAUCCAGGAGCCAUCGGCCGCAACAUCCAGGCCUUGACUGAAGGACUCCCCAACUUCAAGCCUGAACAGUCCAUCAACUCGCCAUGAGUCCUGCUGCGCCAACCUUAACUAGGACAGGUAACCUCC